UAAUUCAAUAUUUUUCUUUUGACAGCGGAUACAUGACACUAGAGUACGCAAUGGAGGGAAUAUUUUCAGUAAAAUCUGAUGUCUACAGUUUUGGAGUUCUAAUGUUAGAAAUCAUAAGUGGCAGAAGAAACAGUGCUAGCUUCAAUCUCCCAGCACGCACCCAAGGCUUUUUACAAAAUGCAUGGCGACUAUGGAAUGAUGGCAAAGCACAAGAGUUGACAGAUAGAAACUUGAUCGGCAGUUGUUCUGUAAGAAAGGUUGCAAUAUGGAUUAACAUCGCAUUGUUGUGCGUUCAAGAAAACCCUGAUGAUCGGCCCUCGAUGUCAAAAGUUGCUUUCAUGCUUGGAGGCCAAUCAACAGAGAUUGCCAAGCCAUCUGAACCUCCAUUCUCUGUUGGUGGAUACCCCGUGUCCAAUCAAUGGUCAUCUACCGGGGAAGGAACAGAACCUGCAAGUAUAUCACUUACACUCCCACGAGAAUAGACUUGGACGGAUGGAGACUUAAUCCAUCCAAUUUAAAACCAAUUGGCAAUGAGUGGAGGGGCUUUUGAAGUAUAUUAACCAAGCUUGGAACAUGCGUA